ACGCCAUGUCUGGCAACGCCAAUGACAACAAUGGAGCAACAGCUCCAGGCGGCAGCCGCGCCCCACCGCCCCCACAGUAUAUAAUCACCACACCCAGCGAGGUCGAUGCCGACGAGGUGCGUUCCAUGGCCGACUUGGAGCUCAGUUCGCCGGGUGAUGACAGCGUCUUUGGUUCGAUCUCAGAGCACCAACUGCUGCAGCAGCAGCAGCAGCAGCAACAACAGAUGCUACAGCAGCAGACAACAAAACUAUCACAUAGCCAGAAGUACAGUCAAACAUCGAGUACGAGCACGAGCAGCACGAGCAGCAAACUUGCCACACGCUCAUACUCGGUAACCAGCAGCAGCAGCAGCAGCGGAGCGGUGGCAGCAGUAGCAGCGGCGGCAACCAGCAGCACACAGCAGCUGCAACAGAUGCAACAGAAGAUCAUGUCGAGCAGCACACGGAGUCAGAGUCUGCAGUCGAGUGCGAUUGUGAGUGAGCAAAGUGGACACAUGUUGAGCACAGCGGCAGCAUUGGCGCAACAAUUGAAGGCACAAUCAUCGACAUCGAUCAUCACCAGUGAACAGCGAAGCAGCAGCAGCAGCAGCAGCACCACCCGUUAUAUGUCAUCCAGCACACAGGGUGGCAGCACUUCAACGGCAGCGGUUGGCAGUGGCGGCAAAUCGAAGUUUCAAAGUUUCUUGCAACAGCCGGAGGCACAUGGCUUCCUUACCGCCCAUCAGAAGCAUGUGCGUCAAUUUGUGCGCUCAACGUCCGCACAUUCGGAGGCGGCGGCCAGCAUGACACCGGUGAGUGGUGCAAGGCCGGAGAAAUGCAUACGCAGCGCCUCAACACAAAUCGAUGAUGCUUCGGCUGCCAGCGGAGAUGGGGCAUUGGGCGAGGGCAGCAUGCAGAUGUCCAUGUCCAAGCUGGGACUGCAGCAGUCCUCCUCCAUUCUCAUCUCCAAAUCGGCCGAAACCAUCGAGAUGAAGAGCAGCUCCUCCACGGCCGGCAUGCGCACCCAGCUGACCCUCAGCGGUGGCUUCCUGGCACCGCCCAAUCGUAAAAUCACCAUCCUAAGUCCCAUCCAUGCUCCGCCGGGACUCCAUGACAUGCUCAAACGUGCCGGACGAUCGCCAUUGUCGCCGCGCAUCAGUUUUCCGGGCAGCGAGACGGAUCUCUUUGGCUUCGAUGUAGAAAAUGGCCAGGGCGCCCGAUCACCGCUUGAAGGCGGUUCACCCAGCGCUGGUUUGGUUCUACAGAAUUUACCGCAACGUCGCGAAUCCUUUCUAUAUCGCUCCGAUUCGGACUUUGAGAUGUCACCAAAGUCAAUGUCCAGAAACUCAAGCAUCGCUAGCGAAAGGUUUAAAGAACAGGACGCCUCUAUACUCAUUGACAGAUCCCAUGGCGAGGAUCUCAUUGUAACGCCGUUUGCCCAAAUUUUAGCCAGUUUACGUUCAGUGCGCAACAAUUUAUUAAGUCUGACAAAUGUACCAGCAUCAAACAAAUCCAGGCGACCAGCUCAAUCAUCAUCCGGACGGUCCGGAAAUGCUAGCGGUGUUCAACUAGCACAGGGAGAUGAGGCCUACACCCGCCUGGCCACCGAUACCAUUGAGGAGUUAGACUGGUGCUUGGAUCAGCUGGAGACUAUACAAACGCAUCGCAGUGUCUCCGACAUGGCAUCGCUAAAGUUCAAACGCAUGCUCAACAAGGAGCUCUCACACUUUAGUGAGUCCAGCAGAUCAGGAAAUCAAAUUUCCGAAUAUAUUUGUUCAACAUUUUUGGACAAGCAACAAGAGUUCGAUUUACCCUCGCUACGCGUUGAAGAGAAUACGGAACCUAUUCAACAACCGAUCAAUCCACAAUAUCCGCGGAGUCGAUCGCCACGCGGUCCGCCCAUGUCACAAAUAAGCGGAGUGAAGCGACCGCUUUCCCACACCAACAGCUUUACAGGGGAGCGUUUACCCACAUUUGGCGUGGAAACGCCGAGAGAGAGUGAGCUGGGCCCACUACUCGCCGAAUUGGAUACGUGGGGCAUUGAAAUAUUCAAAAUUGGCGAACUCAGCUGCAAUCGUCCGCUUACCUGUGUGGCAUACACCAUAUUUCAGAGUAGAGAAUUACUGACCAGUCUUAUGAUACCACCGAAAACUUUUCUUAACUUUAUGACUACUCUGGAGGACCACUACGUCAAAGACAAUCCGUUUCACAAUUCGCUGCAUGCCGCUGACGUGACACAGAGCACAAAUGUGCUACUUAAUACACCGGCAUUGGAGGGUGUAUUCACACCUCUCGAGGUGGGCGGGGCGCUGUUCGCCGCUUGUAUACACGAUGUUGAUCAUCCUGGUUUAACCAAUCAGUUUUUGGUUAAUUCAAGUUCCGAACUAGCAUUAAUGUACAAUGACGAAUCUGUUUUGGAAAAUCAUCAUUUAGCUGUUGCCUUCAAAUUAUUGCAAAAUCAAGGAUGUGAUAUAUUCUGUAAUAUGCAAAAGAAACAACGCCAAACAUUGAGGAAAAUGGUUAUUGAUAUUGUGCUCUCCACUGACAUGUCCAAGCACAUGAGCCUGCUCGCCGAUCUGAAGACUAUGGUGGAGACAAAGAAAGUCGCCGGCUCUGGGGUUCUGCUGCUUGACAACUAUACGGAUCGCAUACAGGUGCUUGAGAAUCUGGUGCACUGCGCUGAUUUAAGCAAUCCCACCAAGCCAUUAACGCUUUAUAAGCGCUGGGUGGCACUGCUUAUGGAGGAGUUCUUUCUACAGGGCGACAAGGAGCGUGAGAAUGGCAUGGACAUUAGUGCGAUGUGUGAUCGACAUAAUGCGACAAUUGAAAAGUCCCAGGUGGGCUUCAUCGAUUACAUUGUGCAUCCGCUGUGGGAGACCUGGGCUGAUCUGGUGCAUCCAGAUGCACAGGAUAUACUCGAUACGCUUGAAGAGAACAGAGACUACUAUCAGAGCAUGAUACCGCCAUCGCCACCACCAUCGGCAGCCGAUGAUAUACCGCAGGAUGAAAAGAUACGAUUCCAGGUCACACUGGAGGAGUCCGAUCAGGAGAAUUUGGCUGAGCUAGAGGAGUGCGACGAAAGCGAGAGCCGGGGAGAUGGUGGCUCAAGCACCACCACUGGCACCACGGCGGCGGAUGGUGGCUCGGCCGGUGGUGGCAAGCCGUCAGGGAGUCAAAAUCAAGCGCCACACGGUGGAAUGUGACGGAGAGUCGUGGGAAUUUAUCGCAAAUUUACGGAAAAGGCACACAGCUUCUUCCUAAUUCGUUAGUGACUACAAUUUAGAUCAACAACAACAAAACAGAAACAACAACAACA